AUGAAUAAGAUUGCAAAUGGUGAACUGCCACCAGUGCAGUUUGUAGCAAAUGGUCGUACAUACAACUAUGGCUACUAUCUUGCGGAUGGCAUCUACCAAAAGUGGCAAACAUUUGUGAAGCUGUUGAAAAAACCGGAAGCACAAGACACAACAUACAGCACCACGCACUCGUACAGCCAUGGUGGACACAAAAAGCAUGCGCAGCCUGCCCGCACUCGCCGUCCUGCUCCUCCUCCUCACGCCGUGGACAGCGCGGCGCUGGUCGCCGUGAAGGCGGCCUUCAACAACGCCUCCUACUUCGCUUCCUGGACGCCGGACAUCCCGUGCUGUGCCUGGCCCGGCGUCGACUGCGAAGGCUCCACGGGCCGCGUCGUCAGCCUUGACAUCCUGCUGGACUAUGGCGUCGCCGGCCCCGUGCCCGGCCACGCCAUCGCAGGGCUCACCCGCCUGCGGAGCCUCGAGGUUUACAAGCUCCCCGGCGUGUCCGGCGCCAUCCCCGCGGCGCUCGCCAGGCUCUCGGGGCUGCUCGACCUCACCAUCUCGCAGACCGGCGUCUCGGGCCCCGUGUCAUCCUUCCUUGCGCGCUCCCGGAGCUCCACGUCCCGCCGCUGCUCGAUCUUCAGCAGCGCCGGGCACCUGGCGUUCCUCGACCUCUCCCACAACAACCUGCCCGGCAGCAUCCCGGCCGACUUCUUGGCCGUGCGCUUCGUGCUGAUCGACCUGUCGUGCAACCGGCUCACCGGCGACGCCUCGGUGCUGUUCGGCCCCGGCCCCGGGAGCACGGAGCUGGUCAGCGUCAACCUGUGGCCCAACGCGUUCAGCUUCGACAUGUCCCAGGUGCACCUGACGGACCGGCUGGCCUCGCUUGACGUCAGCCACAGCAGGAUCUACGGCCACAUCCCUGCGCUGGUGGCGAAUCUGACCGAGCUGCAGUCCUUCGACGUCAGUUACAACCGGCUCUGCGGUGCGGUGCCGGACGGCGCCGCGGCCAGGUUUGGUAUCCACAGCUUCGAGCACAACAGGUGUCUCUGCGGUGCUCCGCUCCCGAAUCCAUGCCACUAA